GGGAGUCGCAAUAUUUAUCUGUCAUUAAUUUAGUUCCACGCCAUAAUCUGCUGCUUCAGUGCAGCGCCUCACCUGACUGAACCAAGCGCGACCGCGAAACUGCUCUUCGCGGCUUGUCCCUGCUUGUCUUCAUACCGCCACGGUGUCACUCUCUUUCAACAACGGUGCGAACCUGUCACAUACCCCAUCUGCGUCGACAAUGCCGGAGCCAACGAGAUCGUCACCAGAAGGGGUCCCCGCUGCCCUUCUGUUCGAGGACAAUAGUGUGGUCGUCGAAGAAGUGACUCGGGAGGUGAAGAAUGGGGAUGGUUUGAUAAAGGACGGAGAGGUAGAUAGUGCCCUGCGGGAUAAAUACUCGCCAUCUCCUAGUUCGUCUCCCGACGAGCUGUCGCUACCGCCUGGGGGCGGCGAUAGCCGUCGCACCUCCACGACGCCGCCUGGAGGCUCGAAAUCCAAGAGCAAGCCUGCCAAGAAGGAACCACAGCUCAUUGGCGACCUGCCUCGUGCCGAAGAGGCUGCCCUGAAGACGUUCAUCGAGAUACCCGACAACCACUACCAAUACCAGAGUCUGGGACGGUCGCGAGAAGCCGGCGAGAGCAUGACUUGCGACUGUGUAUACGAACAUGGCGUAUCUGACCCGUCGGACGCCUGCGGACAUGACUCGGACUGCAUCAACCGGCUCACUCAAGUCGAAUGUCUACCGGAAGACUGCCGCUGUCGCUCGCACUGUCAGAAUCAACGGUUCCAGCGCAAGCAGCACGCCCCUAUUGAGAUCGUACAGACCGAAAAGAAAGGGUUCGGAUUGCGAGCAGGACAGGACCUUCGGAAAGACACUUUCAUCUAUGAAUACGUCGGAGAUGUCGUCAACCAUCCAUCAUUGCUCAAACGUAUGCGGCAAUACGGUGAGGAGGGCAUCCAGCAUUUCUACUUCAUGGCCCUGCAGAAGGACGAGUUCAUCGACGCCACCAAGCGCGGCGGUAUCGGUCGUUUCGCGAACCACAGUUGCAACCCAAAUUGUUACGUAGCGAAAUGGUCAGUCGGCAAGCGCGUACGUAUGGGUAUCUUCGCCAACCGAAAUAUCAAGAAGAACGAAGAGUUAACGUUCAACUACAACGUCGAUCGUUACGGCCAUGAACCACAGAUGUGCUACUGCGGCGAAGACAAGUGUGUCGGUUUCAUCGGUGGCAAGACCCAGACAGAGCUUGCGGCAAUGGAUGAUCUGUAUCUGGACGCUCUUGGUAUCACCGACGAGGUUGAGAUGCUCGGCCUCAAGGGUAACAAGAAGAAGAAGAGCAAGAAGUUAGAUGAGGAUUUCAUUCCCGACUUGAAGCCGAUUGCUGUGAAGGAUGUACCCAAGGUCAUACAGGCUAUGCGCCAGACCCAGAGUCGCAAGGUUUUGGUGAAGCUACUGACGCGUAUCAAGAUUACCGCAGACCAACCUGCUCUACGAGAGCUCAUGCGAUUGCGUGGCUUCAGUGUCAUGAACAAUAUUAUGGAGGAUUACGCUAGCGAUGUCGAAGUGCGCGCUUUGGCUAUGGAGUGCAUGAUCACUUGGCCUUUACUCCAGCGGAAUAAGGUCGAGGACUCCAAAAUCAGCGUACCUGUGGAGGCGUGCUCGCAGUCAGAUAAUCAGGUUCUGGCAGAUCUGGCGAAGAAGCUACUUGAACAGUGGGCGACGCUGGAGUAUGGUUAUCGAAUACCCAAGCGCGCGGGCGAUGAGCAGAUGGACCCUCAAAACGACGACAGUCAUUUCGCAUUCUACAACUCCUCUGAGGAGUACCAAGGCUUGAAGCGCACCAGGUGGUCAGAGUCACCAGAACCUGUCAUCAACAAGUCGACCAUUCCGCUGGCACCCUGUACUCUUCGGAAAUCUCGAGAGACACCUGAAUGGGAAAAGGAGAACAGGAUACGCCACCUGAUGACUCAGCAGCGUGAGCGGUGGCAGGCGGAGGAAGCUGAGAAGAAGGACAAGGUUGCAGAAAUGCUCAAAGCUGCGGCCGCCGCGGCAGAAGCAGCAGCGUCUGCCCCGCCACCUCCGAAGGAGGACGAGUCGACAAAGAAGUCACCUCCAAAGCCGAAGCACACUAAAGAGGAGAAGGAGGUAUUGAAGGAGAAGCGCUUGAUGAAGCUCGUCGGCUCCGUGGUAGUCAAGUGCCUGAGCAAAUACCAGAAGCAGAUGGACCAUGAUGCCUUCAAGGAACACGCUAAACAUCUAACACAGAAGAUUGCUGACAAGGAAAAGAAGUCGACGAGUUACAAGGACAAUCGUCUUGAGGCGUUAUCGGAUGAAAAGGCCGAGAAAAUCAAGAAGUUCUGCAAGGAGUACAUCGCUACGAAGAUUCUGCGAAGACGCGAGAGCGGCAGUUCGCACCGGCAUCAUCAUACGAGCUCAUCUCGGCUCGAUACUCCAAAUAAGUCUUCGAGGCACACACCCUCGCAGUCGACGGGCCCCGCUGACGUGGACGUGGACAUGUCUUUUGAGCGCCCAUGGGACGACGCCCCGAGCGACGACGAGGACGCGUCAGAGCAGCAGCCUUCUCCAGAAGAGUCUUCUAGCUCAAAACGUUCUGCAUCGGACACAACCGUAUCUGACCCACGCGUACGGUUUCGCCAGGACCUGAAUGGUCUUAAACAUCAGGGCUCGAGCGACCCACCGAGUCCGCUGGACGACCCUGGGUCGCUGACGAGUAUGAGUGUUGUUUCUGUGGGUCGAAUAUCCCGUUGACCGCUGUGUUUUCGACUACUUUGACCUAGUUGUGUUCUGUAUAGCAAUAUCAUUUGCUUUGGUUGAUCUUCACAGCUGCCGUGUCUCGUCGAGAGGCGCGUGUUCUUCACGUGUAAAUGCACCACAUGUGACGCAGAAUAGACUACCGCACCCUCGUUACAAAGGUAAG